AUGGGUGGGGCCACGUUUGAUGAUGCGGUGCGAAGGCUCAUGCAGGCAGUGCUAUCUUUCGCUGUGGGCUCUGAGCUCAACUGGGUGGGCCAUGGCCAGAAAAGGAGCUUCAGAAACACCCGCCUCCAAGGGGUUCUCUUCUGUAAGUACCGGUACCAUACCUUACACAUACUGGGAGGGAUGGAGAGAGGGAUUCAUGGCUAGAUGGAUGCAUGGAUGGAUGGAUCAUGCGAAGGACUCAGAUCAGUCUCCAUAGACAUUUGGAAUUAGCCUUCCGAGUGGCGCAGUGGAAUCCAGGCUCUGUCGUAGCCGGCCGCGACCGGGAGACCCAUGGGGCGGUGCACAAUUGGCCCAGCAUCGUCCAGGGUAGGGGAGGGAAUGGCCGGCAGGGAUGUAGCUCAGUUGGUAGAGCAUGGCGUUUGCAACGCCAGGGUUGUGCGUUCGCUUCCCACGGGGGGCCAGUAUGAAAACAAAAAAGUAAAAAAUAAUGUAUGCACUCACUAACUGUAAGUCGCUAUGGAUAAGAGCGUCUGCUAAAUGACUAAAAUGUAAAAUGUAAACCACUGAAGUGAAUUGCAGCAAUGACCUCACUACUUCUCUAUCACUAUAGGUGCUCUGAAAAGAACCCCGGUGGGCAAAGAGGCCACACAUCACCAGUUUGCAAACGUGGUAAAGAAAUGGCUGCGGUUCGCCCCGUUCAGACAGGGAGGGAGUGGUCAACGGCAUUACAAACCACCUGUUGAGUUCCUGUGUCCAAAGGAAU